AUGGAAGGCUUAGAAAGUAUCACGCAAUUCUCCUACGAAACACCCAACGCGUCUGGCUCUUGCUGGACAUGCGUGGCAGCCAAGACCCAAUGUAGUUUCGAGCUCCCAGGUGCAGUCGCUCUUGCCCCUAAUGAUUUGAACGUAGAAAAUAUGGCCAAAAUCGCUCUUGCUAUCGACUAUGACGGCAAUGUUUACCGCUCAUUCUUGCCCAUGGCCAUGUCACAUACACCUCUCUUGAACGCAAUCCUUGCCUUUUCAUCGGCACACCUUAGCAGAUGGCAAAACACAACAGAUAAUUCUUCGAACCGAUACGCAGUGCAGGCACUUGUGGAGCUCGAGAAGAGUUUGCGUGAUCCCAUUCUGGCCUCAUCCGAAGCGACUUUGGCUACGAUGCUCUGUCUGAUUUGCCUCGAGGCUGGAAGAGGGUCUACAAAAUGGAGACAUCACUAUCGAGGCCUGGAAGAAUGGCUUCGGUGGAAAGGGGAUGCUGUAAAGCUGGAACCGUUUCUCAAAUCUUGGAUCCUCUUGGCAGCAUAUCAAGCAGCAACGAUUUUUGGUGAAGAGCCCAACCCAGCCAUUUGCCAGUGGUUCGAAGCAGAUGACCUAUCGGGCACCCCGCGAGACCAAGUCAUUGAUCCUUUCUUGGGCUACUCGGUGAAAUUACCUCGCCUACUGCUGCGUGCUGCGUCAUUGUACAGAGCUCGUUGCAGUCCGUCCAUAUCUGAAGAUGCAAUCUGCCAUUCGGUUUCACAACUCCAACAGGAAAUUGAGGCGUGCAAAAUUGACUGCACGAAGCCGAUCCAGCUAGCAAGCGCUUUCCAAUCGACCAAUGUUUCUACGGCCGCAAACACUUCUCUUUGUCAGAGCGAUCUGUGGAAACGCGCUGCAGCCACGGCUGAGAUAUUUAGACACGCGGCCCACAUCUAUGUGUAUCGAGUGAAUGCGCGCCAGGGAGAGUCGCUGCCCAUCGAUAUCCAGCAUUCAGUCGACGAGAUUUUGAACCUGUUGAACCUCAUCCCUGAUACUCGAGGUCCCGGGUCUAAUCUGGCGUGGCCGCUUUUCACGGUGGGACUCGAAGUUGACUCUCCCGAGCUGCGAGGUAUAGUGUUGGAUUGGUGGCAAAUCCUGCAUCUGCUCGGCAUGGAAUCAACUCGGAGGACGGAGCGUGUCUUGGUCGAGACUUGGAGGUAUCGUGAUGAAGCCAAAGAGGGUAAAGGGGUUGCUGCGAACUGGCAAGAAGUGAUGCGAGGUCAGGAGCAGAUGGUUGCCUGA